UCGCUCUUUUGUCUGUCCCCCUCCCCGACCCCCGUCCCCGGCCUUCGUCGUCCACACUCUUCGUCUCCUUGCCUGCCUUGCUUCGUUUUUGCCUCAUGAAACUCGUCAGCGGGGUCAGAGGGAGAUUCCCAAUCGACCUUUACGUCGAUGUCAUGACUUGACCCCCCCCUGUACUUCAUAUUAGACUACCCAUAUCGAAAGCCCUUCAUCAGGAUGGAUCCCGACUGUGCGAUCUGUCAUGCCCCGGCGACGAUGGCAUGCGAUUGCGAGGCCAAGCGGCUCGAGGUGGCCGUUAAGCAAGCUGAGGACCGCAUGAUGCGGUCUAUUUACAGCGACAUACGCUCUUGGGUUCGCGCACAUGCACAGGACUAUAUCCUCGAAUACUUCCGCCUCCUCACAGAACGCCGGAAAACUGCCCACUCCGCUCACUUGGAUCGCAUCACCGCCCACGCGUACCACUACUAUCACGCACCACCUCAUCCCAACCAGAUUGCUGAGGCUCAAGCCGCUCUCAAGCGGGGCAUCGAUGAGGACUGGCAAUCUAGCGUACAACGUUAUCCCGAAGUUUUGGAAUAUUUCUUUGGUCUCGUGGAACUCACUCUUCCCGCAGAGGACGAACCUGCAGUAAAGGCGCCGCCCCUGAGCGCACUCAAUGGUUAUCGCAAGGCCAACAGACGGAGCGGCUCCAAUGGUGCUCCAGGCACCUCCGCAAUUGUCGCCCCAGUUGGAUAUCAUGAGCAGCAACCCGCUCUUCCGUCUCGAACACCCCCUCCUAUGCAACGUAUUGACCGUCGCACCCCGGCUCCUCGAGAACGGCGAUCUUCCUAUGCAGCUCCUCCCCCUCAACAACCUCCCUCAUAUUACGGCACUUACUGAGGUUGAAACGACCCGAGUGACGAUUUAACUACCACAUCCACAGAUAUGUACAUGAUCCGACACAUAUCACGAAUUGUAUGAGCAUCACGACCAUCGCAUAAUCGGGCGUGGAGUAUUACCGGCAUAGCGGACC